CAAGCUCCGCGCCCCCGGACUGCGAAGGGCGGAGCGGCAAUAUGGCGCCGCCGGGAGCUGGUGACCGUAUGGAUGCGAAGAGUGGAGAGGCCCCUCUGGCCCAGCGCAUUGACCCGACUCGGGAGAAGCUGACUCCUGCGCAGCUACAAUUCAUGCGGCAGGUGCAGCUCGCCCAGUGGCAGAAGACUCUGCCACAGCGGCGGACCCGGAACAUCGUGACCGGCCUGAGCAUCGGGGCCCUGGUGUUAGCUAUUUAUGGUUACACCUUCUACUCAGUGUCCCAGGAGCGGUUCCUAGAUGAGCUGGAGGAUGAGGUCAAAGCUGCUCGAGCCCGAGCUGCCGAAAGGGCGUCAGGCUCCUGAUCCAGUUGGGCAUGGCACGUCUCUAACCUGCUGGAGCCCCUUCACUUGAUGGAUGAUGCCCCAUGACCUGUAGAAGCUGAAGCCUGCUCACAGCAUUGCUGGCCACCUUACUCACCUUGGACAAUGAUCAGCCCAAGAAGCCGGGGAUUUACACAGUUGGCCAUCAUCAAAGAAACAUUGCCCACCUCACACUCACUGUUUGUGGUAGCUGAGCCCUUCUUAUCGUUUGUUUUGUUUGGGGGUUUUUUGCAAGUUAUCUAACUUUGGCUUUUCCCAAAUUUUCUGACUUUGUGGUUUAUCCCCUUCACUUCCCAGGGGCCGGGAGGAAGGAGGACAAGAGGUGGGCUGUUAUGGGAGUGGGCAUGGCAGCUCUGUGCAGUGUUGGAGCCUGUAGGAAAGAUGGGGUCAGGUUGAGAAUAAUAAACUGAGUCAUCUCUCUUGGA